GGUCCGGUCCGGUCCGGUCCGGUCCGGUCCGGUCUGGUCUGGUCUGGUCUCGGGCCUCGCCGCCGCCGCCGCCAUGAGGCUGCAGUGCGAUGUGGAGGUGGUGAGCCGGCAGCUGCCCAGCUUGGGGCUGAGGCCCCGGGCCCGGCCCGCCCGCGCCCUGCUCGCCCUGGGCCGACAGGCGGACAAGGCGGCGGCGGCGGCGAAGGCGCCUCGGCCCAGCGGCGGCGGCGGGAGGGCCGGGCCCGGAGGCCUCCCUGGCGGCGGCGUCUACCUGGUGAUCAGCACCCUGAAGGACAAGGUUGGGGCCCGCUACAAGUUGAGAGAAAACAUUGAGCAGUUCUUUACCAAAUAUGUGGAGGAAGGAAAAGCCACAGUCCGAUUGAAGGAGCCUGCUGUUGAUGUCUGUCUCAGUAAGGCCAAUUCCAGCAAUUUAAAGAAUUUCCUUUCAGCUGUGAGACUGGCACACCGAGGCUGUGAUGUUGAAGCCAUACCGCCACUGAGCCUGGUACCAGUGAAGACUUCAGAAGUUGAGAAGCUUAAAACUAAAAUGAUCAUUACCUCCAAAAAGGACUAUCCUCUAACCAGAAACUUCCCUUAUUCUCUGGAACAUCUUCAGACUUCCUAUUGCAAGCUUGCCAGGGUGGAUAUGCGCAUGCUUUGUCUGAAAAAGCUUAGGAAACUAGACCUGAGCCACAACCAUAUAAAAAAGCUGCCAGCAACAAUCGGGGACCUAGUCAACCUUCAAGAACUUAAUCUGAGUGACAAUCACUUGGAGACAUUCAGCGUAGCUUUGUGUAGUUCCACCCUCCAGAAAUCUCUACAGAGUUUGGACCUCAGCCAGAACAAAAUCAAAGCGCUCCCUGUGCAGUUUUGCCAGUUGCGGGAACUUAUAUAUUUAAAACUUGAUGAUAACGAAUUGAUUCGUUUUCCAUUCAAGAUCGGGCAGUUGAGUAAUUUACGUUUCCUGUCGGCGUCUUGCAACAAACUCCCAUUUUUGCCCAGUGACUUUAAAAAGUUAUCCCUUGAGAACUUGGAUCUUUUUGGAAACCCCUUUGAACAGCCUAAUCUGCUAGUUCCUACUAUUCAGCUGAAAAUACCAUUAACUUUAUUGGAGUCUUCUGCACGAGCAACAAAAGAUUACAGGAUUCCAUAUGGUCCUCAUAUUGUUCCUUCUCAUCUCUGUCAAGAUUUGGAUACAUCAAAAACUUGUGAAUGUGGGAGAUCAUGUGUAAGCUGUUUCAUCCAAGCGACUGUCACCAUGAAUCUUCACCACGUGUCCCACACCGUAGUCCUGGUAGACAAUAUGGGAGGAACAGAAGCACCUAUUAUCUGCUACUUUUGUUCCCUACACUGUUAUUCCCAAUUUUUGGAUCGCUCAUUGCAGAGUAAUAGGUGACGGCACAGAACUGAAGGAAAUGCUACCAAGCGAUACAUUUAGAGUCUAGAAGUCUAAAGGAUAAGCUCAUCACCUUAUCUCAAAUUAUGGAAGUUGGACAGCGUCAACUUGUGGGGGAAACAAACUUUGUCAACUGGUUUGGCAGGAAGGGUGCUUUUAUAUAAUAGUUCUCAUAAUGCAUGAAGGAAACACAUAUGUGACACUACGUGCGCACAAAACCAUUCCUUCUGACACUGAUCCAGACAGACGUACGUUGUCGGAAGAAAGUUCCUUCAUUCUUCUGUCACCUUCCACCCGAAAUGUGAACUGAACACAUGCAUUAUGAAAAAACUGUACUUUUUUGUAAAUUUAGUCUUUUUGGCAUUUUCUGAAGUACUAAUUGAUUUUCAUUAUCAGGCUUUGGUUAAGAGCUUCAUGGACUAAAUUCCCGUAAGUUGUUUUAGUAUUCAUUAUUUUAUGAAAUCUUGCUGUUUCUAGUUGUGAGUGAGUUUGAAGAAUGUGCUUCAUCCCUUUUUGAAAAACAAUUACCACACUCGUCAAGACCUUUUAAUGCCAACUGAGGCCUGGGCCUCUCAGUUCCUUGUUCCCUAGAACUUCCUUUUACGAUAGCACCAUCCUCCAUAACCCUUGCGAGCCACUCACUCCUGCAGGUUAAACCACAAGAAUUCUUACGUAUAACCGGUAUAUUGUGGAACAUUGUACUAGUUUUUGCUUCUUUUUCACCAAUAUGCCAGGGAAUUAAUAAUUACCUCAAACCGUGAAGUGGAAAACAGUGUUGCUUUGUAUGUGAAUUUUUUUAUUUUAUGAUUCCUUCGGGCAGUUUCACAUUCACUGCUCAUUGUUUAUCAUUUCUAAGCCUUUUUGUAACCUUUAAAAGGUAAAUGGGGAGUGUUUUUUGUAUAUUAAAUUAUUAAAUA